GAACAUCCAAAGCGCCCUUUGAUUACAACCAGAAGUGCUCAGAUUCUGUGAAAAUUGGGCCCCAAGUGUCAGAUCUUCUCAUCCACUGCUGAACACUUUGGAGCUCCCAGUCACUGCUUCUUGCCCAUACAGGAAGCCGUCCCCAGGCAUGUUUUUUGCUCAGCAAAGCCUCUGCUGCCUUGGCAUUAGGACACAGCUACUGAAGACAGUUUAUCCUGUAAGAUUCUUCAGAUUUUCAACCUCUGCAACAAUGGCCUUCAAGCACAAAAACGCAAAACGAAUUGAAGGGCUUGAUGUCAAUGUAUGGGUUGAAUUUACCAAAGUGGCUGCAGACCCUUCAAUUGUUAAUCUUGGUCAAGGCCUUCCAGAUAUAUCCCCUCCUAGCUAUGUUAAAGAAGAGCUAGCCAAGGCAGCGACAGUUGAUAGGCUGAACCAGUACACACGUGGCUUUGGCCAUCCAUUGCUGGUGAAAGCCUUGUCCCAGGUGUAUGAGAAGGUUUGUGGAAGGAAGAUUGACCCUUACACAGACAUCUUGGUGACAGUGGGAGGAUAUGGAUCUCUGUUUAGUGCAGUACAGGGAUUAAUUGAAGAGGGAGAUGAAGUGAUAAUAAUUGAGCCAUUUUUUGACUGUUAUGAGCCCAUGGUGAAGAUGGCAGGAGGAAAACCUGUUUUUAUCCCAUUGAGAUAUAAAACUGUUGUUGGGAACUCUGCAUCUAGUGCUGAUUGGGUCUUAGAUCCCACUGAACUUGCAAGUAAAUUUAAUUCCAGAACAAAAGCUAUCAUAUUGAAUACUCCACACAACCCUAUAGGCAAGGUAUUUUCCAAAGAAGAACUCCAGGUAAUAGCUGAUCUCUGUAUUAAACAUGACACCCUGUGCCUCAGUGAUGAGGUAUAUGAAUGGCUGGUGUACAAAGGAAAUAAACACAUUAAAAUAGCUACACUGCCAGGCAUGUGGGAGAGAACAAUAACUAUAGGAAGUGCUGGAAAGACAUAUAGCGUCACUGGCUGGAAGCUUGGAUGGUCCAUUGGUCCACAGCAUUUGAUAAAACAUUUGCAAGUUGUUCAGCAGAAUACGCUGUAUACAUGCCCAACUCCAUUACAGGAGGCGUUGGCACAAGCGCUUUGGAUCGACUUUAAACGCAUGGAUGACCCAGACUGCUACUUUUACUCGCUGUCUCGAGAGUUGGAAGGCAAGCGUAAUCGGAUGGCUCAGCUACUCCAAGAAGUUGGAUUGAAACCUGUCAUUCCAGAUGGAGGAUACUUCAUGAUUGUUGAUGUUUCUGCACUCAAUGUGGAUCUGUCUGAUAUGGAGACGAAUCAACAUUAUGAUUAUAAAUUUGUGAAAUGGAUGAUAAAAUCUAAGAAACUGUCAGCAAUACCUCUUACAGCAUUCUGUGGCCCAGAGACCAAAAAGCAGUUUGAGAAAUAUAUACGUUUUUGCUUCAUCAAACAAGACAGCACACUGGAUGCAGCUGAGGUGAUCCUGAAGAACUGGAAUAAACCUACAUCUUGAUUUUUAUAUUUGUAUUAGUUAUUCCAUCUGGUAUAAUUAUUUUAUACAUUGGUAUUUCAUUCUACCAUUAAAAGCUAAUGUACU